GUGGAGAAGACAAGAAAGGCGGCCGAAGCGUUUAACAACAGAUUAACUGAGAUAGAAAAACUUGCUAACACUAUCAUCUCCGAUGCUACUGAAUUUGAGCCUUCUUCUGCAAAAUUAUCUCCGUCGUCGCACCAAACAUUUUUGGAUGUGGAGAACGUAUUUGAGGCCGGCAAAAGAGAAGGUGAAGACGCUCAGUCUUUCGUUGCACAAGCGAAAUCGAGCGUUCAAAUGACCUUCGACGCUGCGAAGAAGGCGGAGAAACAGGCAAAAUCUCUGAAUUUGGCAGUGGAAUCUUUCCAGAAGUACUUGGAGAAACAUGGUCUUAAACCUGAAGAAGAAGAGGCUGACAAGGUUACUCCGGGGAAUAAAAAUGAAGAAAGCAAAUUGGAGAGCAGCCACGAAAUGAAAACCACUAUGGAAGAAGAAAACACUGCACAACUGCAUCACAGCUCUCAUGAAGAGGUAAAGAAUGUGCAUAUGAACACGACAAAUAUCAAUGGAAUAACUAAA